CUUGCAAAGCUCCUGAUGCCUUGUUGCCUUUCCCAGCCAAGCUUGAAAAUUUGAGACCAUCUUCAUCCCAGCCCAAGCACGAGACAAAGGAGAGGGCUUGAUGUGAGAAAAUGUUGCGUAAUUGCUGCCUCUGGCUGCUGGUCGUAACCUGUGUGCUGCUGCGGCUGACAACAGCCUUUGCUAUGGAGUGCCCCAAGAUCAAAGUGGCAACAUGCAAGGACUGCAUCCAGUCUGGUCCUGGGUGUGCCUGGUGCAAGAAUCCGAAUUUCACCAAAGCUGGUGAGCCAGACUCCGUCCGCUGCGACACCAUUGAGCAGCUGCAGCAGAGGGGAUGUCCACGCCAUGAGAUUGAGUUUCCAGUCAACAUCAUUACAAGAAUACAGGAUAAUCCCUUAAGCAAUGAGAUACAGCUGACUCCUCAGAAGGUGCACCUCAAAUUGAGGAUAGGCCAGCCUGCUGAAUUUGAGGUGAGGUUUCGCCGUGCCAUGGGGUACCCCAUUGAUCUCUACUACCUGAUGGACCUCUCCUACUCUAUGUUGGAUGACCUGGAGAAGGUUAAGAAGCUGGGAGGGGAGCUGCUAAGAGCACUAGAGAAUACCACCCCUUCUCGUCGCAUAGGGUUUGGCUCUUUUGUGGACAAGACUGUGCUGCCCUUUGUGAACACACACCCCAAGAAGCUGCAGAACCCUUGCCCCAACAAGGACGAGCAGUGCCAGCCUCCAUUUGCCUUCAAGCACAUCCUCUCACUGACUGACAAUGCCAAGAAGUUUGAGAGUGAAGUGGGGAAGCAGUUCAUCUCAGGGAACCUGGAUGCCCCAGAAGGGGGGCUGGAUGCCAUGAUGCAGGCAGCAGUGUGUGGGGACUUGAUUGGCUGGCGUAACGUGACUCGCUUGCUGGUGUACGCUACCGAUGAUGGCUUCCACUUUGCUGGCGAUGGCAAGCUUGGGGGCAUCUUAACCCCCAACGAUGGCCAGUGUCACUUGGAGGACAACAUGUACAAAAAGAGCAAUGAGUUUGACUACCCAUCUGUUGGCCAGCUGGUCCAGAAACUUGCUGAAAACAACAUUCAGCCCAUUUUUGCUGUCACCAGUAAAGUGGUGGAUGUUUACAAGAAACUCAGUGAGAUGAUCCCAAAGUCAGCAGUGGGAGAGCUGAACGAAGAUUCCAGCAACAUCAUUGAACUCAUCCAGGAGGCCUACAAGAACCUCUCUUCCCAGAUCAUCCUGGACCACUCCAUCCUGCCAGAUGUCCUUGAUGUCAAAUAUGACUCCACAUGCAAGGAUAAAGUCAUCCGGGACAAAGCAACAGGGCAGUGCAACAACGUCAAGAUCAAUGAAGAGAUCAAUUUCAAAGUGAAAGUCACAGCCAAGGAGUGCAUCACAAGCCAGUCCUUCACCAUUCGGCCACUGGGCUUCACAGACACUCUCACCGUUCACCUGGACAGCAACUGCAACUGCAACUGCAGUGAGCAGCCGGACCCAACCACCUGCAAUGGGAAAGGCAGGAUUGUCUGUGGGAUAUGCAGCUGCAAUUCUGGCUACACAGGGAAGAACUGCGAGUGUGAUACCAAAGGCAAGACCAGCAAGGAGCUGGAGAGCAGCUGCCGGAAGGACAACAGCUCAGUCACCUGCUCGGGGCUGGGGGACUGUGUGUGUGGUCAGUGCAUCUGCCACACCAGCGAUGUGCCUGGCAAGAAGAUCUAUGGCACUUUCUGCGAGUGUGACAAUAUGAAAUGCGAGUUUCACAAUGGCUUCCCCUGCGGUGGCAAAGAACGUGGGACAUGUGACUGUGGGGAGUGCAAGUGUGUACCUGGGUACCAUGGCAGUGCCUGCCAGUGCAAGAAGUCAACAGAUGGCUGCUUGAACGCACGUGGCAAUGAGUGCAGCCACCGCGGAACCUGCCACUGCAACCGCUGCCAGUGCCAGGACGGAUACCAGCCCCCCUUCUGUGAGGAAUGCCCAGGCUGCACCUCGCCCUGUGGAAGAUAUUUCUCCUGCGUAGAGUGCAAGGCCUUCCUGAGUGGCCCCUUUGAGAAGAACUGCUCUGAGGCCUGCCCCAAUAUACAAGUGGUUGAGGAGUCAAAGCAGGUGAGUAGGCAGUGCAAGGAGAAGGACUCUCAGAACUGCUGGAUCUCCUUCCGUAUGGCCCAGGAGGAUGGCAAUGAGAUGUACACUGUCACCGUUGAUCCUGACAAAGAGUGCCCAGAGCCUCCCAACAUUGCACUGAUUGUGGGCAGCAGCAUUGCUGGAGUGGCCCUCAUUGGCCUGGUGCUGCUGCUGAUCUGGCGGCUCUUGACAGAGCUGUUUGACCGCCGGGAAUUCCGCCGGUUUGAGAAGGAGAAGUCCAAGGCCAAGUGGAAUGAUGCUGAUAACCCCCUCUUCAAGAGUGCCACCACCACCGUUGUGAACCCCAGGUUCAAUGAAUAAUGAAGUGGAGCGACCCCUGGCAGUACUAGGACUCUUCAGAUAAAGAAAUGACAAACUAAGGAAAUCUCAGACUAAGGCUCCCACCCCUUCUUCUUUAUUAUGUUGCUUCAUUUCCUUGUUCCAGGAAGCCACCAACAUGUCAGGUACUGGCCAAGGAGCUGCACUGUGCAUGUCUUCCAGCACAACACUUGAUGGUGGAGUCAGCAGAUCUGGAAGAAGGGAACAGACACAGCUUUGCUGUGGAUGGGACUGCAGAGCAGAUCUCACCCAUAGGCACACAUGGUGACUCCUGUACCAGUUACCAACUGUCUCAGCUCUUGAUCCUAACUUUGCCUUCUUGCAGGACAGCAAGCCUCAAAUCAAUCUGAAUGCACAGAGUGCUUCCAGCUUUGACAUGGAGCUGGGAUUUCAGAACUGCCAUUUCCUUUCUGCUUCCUGGCUGCUCCAUGUCUUCUGUGGCUGUGCUGGUCUCACUAGAUUCUAAAGUACUUUCUGCCGAGCUGGAUGUGGAGAGCACUCCAGGCUAGCAGUGUGCUCUGAGGUUGCAAAGAGGUGAUGGGUACCUGUACAUGAAGAUGAAGAGUGACUGGGCAGCAUGCACUGAAUCUUUUUUACCAAAUCAUCCUCUGCUUCUUGGCAUUGCUCCCCUCUCAGAUCUACCUCAGGAAAGGUUCCACUUGGGCUCCUGCAAGUUUGGCUUACCUCUGCCAGGCCUUGAGCCCUCUGCAUGAAAAGAAGGCAAAGGAGCAACUGUUUGAACUAUGAAACACCAGCACCAAGCACGUGAAACAUUGCCUGCAGCUCAGCACUCUGCUACAGCUUCUUCUAUCAGCCCCAGAGCUAGAACUCUUCCCUGCUCUGUGAGCACAUUAGGCAUGCCAAGGGGCAGGCAUGCAAGAGACUUGGCAGUACUGGGAGCACCUCCAGCUCAGCAUUUCUCCAAAGCAUGCAGAGCAGCUAAUUACUCUUUCUCCAUGGGGUCAUUCUUGUGAAAUAGUGGUACAAUUCCACAUGUGUUUUAACAAAGUUUGGUAACAGUUUGCAUAUAGCUAUAUUAUGUCACAUCUUGCUCUCUGAAGAGGUUUAUUGUUAAUAAAAAUUAAUAUAUAAAGUAAGCAGCUCUGUCCUGCUAAGCAUCAAGUACAGGGGCAGCUGCGGAUACAGCAAAAUCCUAUCACUGCUGCCAGCAUGUCUCAUAGACACAGUGGCCAGGAAAGAUGCUGGACAGAGGGACAAACUAACAGUCUUUUACACUAAUGCCAACUACAUCUUGAAAGGUGCUGCCUUGCAAGCCAAAAAUUACUCACUAAAUGAAGCAAAGCAGUUCUUGUCCCUGCCCACCUGCUGGCAGCUGUUAAUCAAGAGUGGCUGUACUGUGUCAGAUAUGGGUUUAAUUUGGGCCGUUUUGCUUUUCUUCAACAGUGACUGUGAAAGCCUAGGGCAAGGUAAGAAGAAAUAAAAUGUGUCUGAUGCUCCCUCCAGUACUGUUCCAGCCUGCAGCUGUUUGUGGCUCAAGCACCCCCAGUGCAGUGGAGGUCCCAUG